UAUUUUUCUUUGGAUCAGUGUAUAGAAAGAUGGCAGCGUCUAGGUCAAUAAUUCCUCAUUUAAGCAAUAAACGUUUUGUUUUAUGUUACGGUGGUGUCAAUAAUUUUACAUAUAGAUUUUUACACGUUUGUAUUACGUGUAAUAAAUUACACAGUUCUUCGGUCACAUCAUGGACAAACUUUGGAAUUUUAAAAAGAAUAUCUUCACCUAACCUAACAUUAACGGUGGGCACAGCACGGUCGUUGCCCAGGCGCCACAUCAGCACGUCCAACCACUGUGCUGCCAGGAAGGACUACUAUGAGGUGCUGGGCAUCUCCAGGAACGCCUCGCAGAAAGACAUCAAGAAAGCGUACUACCAGCUAGCAAAGCAGUAUCACCCGGACACGAACAAGGGUGAUCCGGACGCUGGUCGCAAGUUCCAGGAAGUGUCCGAGGCUUACGAGGUGCUGAGCGACGAGGAACGACGCAAGCAGUACGACACCCUGGGGACGACCUCGCAGCAGAUGGGCGGGGGGCCGUCCGGCCAGAGCUACGACUUCCAAGGCUUCAACUACCAGUCCUCGGUCGACCCCGAGGAGCUGUUCCGCAAGAUCUUCGGCGAGGCGGGCUUCGGCAAGGGCAGGUUCGGGGACUUUGAGGACUUUGCAGAGUCGCAGUUUGGUUUCGGAGCAGCACAAGAGGUGGUGAUGAACCUGACGUUCGCCCAAGCGGCGCGCGGGGUCAACAAGGAAGUGCAGGUGAACGUCGUGGACACGUGUCCCAAGUGCCAGGGCAGCCGCUGCGAGCCGGGCACCAAGCCGGGCCGCUGCCAGUACUGCAACGGCACGGGCAUGCAGACCAUCAGCACAGGUCCGUUCGUGAUGCGGUCGACGUGCCGCUACUGCCACGGCACGCGCGUGUACGUGAAGUACCCGUGCGGCGAGUGCGAGGGCAAGGGCUCGAGCGUGCAGCGCAAGAAGGUGGUGGUGCCCGUGCCUGCAGGCGUGGAGGAUGGUCAGACGGUGAGGAUGCCCGUCGGCAAGAAGGAGAUAUUCAUCACAUUCCGAGUAGAGAAGUCGGAUUACUUCCGCAGAGACGGACCGGACGUGCACACGGAUGCCAAGAUCUCUCUGUCCCAGGCUGUGCUGGGAGGCACGAUACGCGUGCAGGGCAUAUACGAGGACCAGACCAUACAGAUCGCGCCCGGCACGUCCUCGCACACGCGGAUACGUCUCUCGGGCAAGGGCAUGAAGCAGGUGAACUCGUACGGCUACGGCGACCACUACGUCAACAUCAAGAUAGAGGUGCCCAAGUCGCUGAGCGUGGAGCAGAAGGCCCUGAUGCAGGCGUACGCAGAGCUGGAGCGGGACACUCCGGGCGUCGUGCACGGCAUCACCCACAAGAAGGACGGCGGCGGGGGUGGCAUGCAAAUGGCAGGGUCAGAGGCUCAAGCAAAGCAAAAUGAACAAAAUUUACUGGCCAAGAUUAAAAACGCACUGUCUAGUCUGUUCUCCCGGUGACGUGGCCCUAAAUCUUUAGACCGCCUGAAGUAGUUUCCUAUACAAGGCAGCAAGGUGUGCACUGCAGAGCCGCGGCACAUCCUGGACGCAGUGCGAGCUGCUCUGAACACACCCGCGCCCACCCCCCUCGAAGAGAAGGCCUCCAGCUCCCAGAAGGCCUGAUACUGCUGCCGCC